AUGUCCUACCCAUUGGAAUAUCUGAACUCCUUGGAGUUCCCAGGCCUACCAGCUCACAAACUCCGGCUGAAAGUGGGUGUCCCAGUCAUGCUCCUGCGUAACCUGAACCAGAAAGAAGGCUUAUGUAACGGCACAAGGCUAAUAGUGACACACAUGGGUGAAAAGGUUAUUAAAACCGAACUGCUUACUGCUACAAAGAAGACAGAUCCUAUCCUGCUGCCACGGAUCAUCCUGUCACCACUAGAAUCCAACCAUCCUUUCACCUUGAAACGUCGCCAGUUUCCAAUCCGAGUUUGCUAUGCGAUGACAGUGAAUAAAAGCCAAGGCCAGACUUUAUCAAACGUUGCUCUAUACUUGCCUAAACCAGUCUUCAGCCAUGGUCAGCUAUAUGUGGCCCUGUCAAGAGUCACAACACCCAAAGGUCUCAAGAUUUUAGACAUGAGCAGUAAUGUGGAGGGAAGCAAGACGAUAGACAACAUUGUCUACAGAGAGGCCUUCAAAGGCCUCCCAAAAACAACCGGUGUAACAUACGACGCCGACGAGGCAGCCGAGGAUCAAUGACAACGGCGGAAUCAGAUGGACCUCAGGUAAGCCAAUCUCUCCUCAGUCAGUCAAAUCAAUUUACAACACAGAUUGAAAUUGAACAUCCCCGAUCCCAACACUCCAAUGUCUCUUUGCAGGGCAUGAAUCUUUGGUCUCUGUUUCGUUUGUUUCGCACAGUCGCUGUUCUCCGUGACAUUCUUCCAUGUUGUCUCCGGACCGGUUUUUUUCAAUUAAACCAGUUUUAUUUUACAAACAAUUAAUUAAACAACUACUAUUUUUGGGUUAUCCUUUUUCCAGGCCUUCUAACUCACCAACAUCUAAUGUCGAACAAAGCCCAGUUAAAACUUUUCUAAACAACAUAUCAACUAUUUUUAAAAGCACUUCUAUUAUAAUUACAACUUACCCUCUAAUUUUAAUGCAAUUCUUUUUUAUUACAAAUCUUAUGUUUAAUUAAUUAUUAAUUAUGUUUAGAAAUACUAUAACCAUUUAUUUAUUUACGGAUUUUUUUUUAAAAAAAAACAGGAUUAGGUAAGAUUAUAAAUUACUAUCGAGAGUUUUAUAUAUAUAGAUAUCUCCAAAAACAUAUUAACAACUAACUACGUACAGAGGCCCAUAAACUUAUACAGUUAUUCCAUGCACACGUUAAAUACAUUAACGUUAUAUCAAUUCAUUAUGCAAACAUAUAUGUAAAGUA